AUAGAGGAGUGGGAGUAUAUAGAAGUACACAAGGAUCUCUACAAGGACGUCAUGAUGGAGAACUAGCCGCCCCUCAUAUCACCGGAUGGAUCCAGUAAUGGGAACCCACCAGAGAGAUGUCCCCAUCCUCUGUAUUCCCGGGACUCCACACAGGAACAUCAAGAGAUCCCUCAGGAGGAUCAGGUAGAUGGAACCAGUAUUGGGAACCCACCAGAGAGAUGUACCCAUCCUCUGUAUUGCUGGAACUCCACACAGGAACAUCAAGAGAUCCCUCAGGAGGAUCAGGUAGAUGGAACUGAAGGUCUUAGCAAUACUG